AUGGAUGCAUACACUAAUACUGAAAAUCUGCAAGUAAUGGAUGCAUACACUAAUACUGAAAAUCUGCAAAUAAUGGAUACAUACACUAAUACUGAAAAUCUGCAUGUAAUGGAUGCAUAUACUGAGUCCUCGACAGUGAUUACCAAUAAUGCUUCACAAAUAAAGAAACAAGCUGUUGCUGAAAAAUGGUUGAGCAUUUUGGAAAAUAUAAAAAAUGUACACCUACCAAAUAAAUGGACUUGCAUGACUUUCCCUAAUUCAGUGGUCAUUGGAAUAUGGAAACCGAAUGGUAAACCCGCAAAACGUCUCGUUGUGAAAUCUGAUUUAACCAUUCAGAUACCCAAGCUGGAGUUCCGAUAUUCACUGACAUUCAUCGAGAACAAAGAAAUAAAUUUGCCGGGAAUGACUGUCCUAAAUUCUGUAGAGGAUAUUAUGAAAUAUAUUAGCGUACUGCAAUCUGUUCUAUUGUGCCAAGGAAGAUAUAAUGGACAAUGGUUCUCCAAACAAUGCCUGGGAUUUGUUGAUCCUAAAGAUUCAGGGAAAUUAUACUUUGGAAAAUUUCGGUGUGCUCAUUGCCGCGUGAGAAUACGUAAGAAAAUUCACCAAAAGAAAAACAUUCAAAAAAGGAUAGAAAUAGCGCUAUGUGCUAAGCGACGCAACCAACUUACAGUGAAGGCGGAGAGACAACAAAAAAAAGAGGCUAAUAUCCAAAAUAAAUUGUUUGAACGAAGUGAUUCGAAAACUACGAAUAAAAUAUACCGCCACGCAAGAAGAGGUUCUCAAGGAACGAAUUUCAACACUGCCUCCCGGGCAACAAUUAAGAAGCUAUCAAGACAUGCUUCAAAGCAGCAACAUGCUCUAAACAUGGUAUGCGGUAUACAAAGCAGUGGAUCUACGAAUAUCUGUUGA